AUGACAGAAAAAUCGAUCACAGCCUUUGAUGUAAAGUAAGUCGAAAAUUCGAGAAAUUCAGACAAAUUUAGAAUUUUUGCAGCGAUUCGAUUCAAGAGCUCGAUCGUGAUAUUAACGAAGCGGAAGCUCAUGAAACUAUAGGGUUGGUUUUCGCGGGAGCUUGUAAUAUAACAUGAGCAAUGCAAAAAAAACGCGGUUUUUUUCAGCGGAAUGUUUUUGAAUAUGUUCAACGUCUUCAAAGAUUAUGAAUACGGCCCCGCACACCCCAAAUCCUCAUCAGAAUUCGAUGUUUUCGAAUCGGAAAUUCAAUUUUUCGUAGUUUUCGCUGUGUUUUUAGGACUUUUGUUUGUUUAUAACCGACAGAAAUGA